AUGAGCGGCAGUGGGAUAGUACAGGCGGUUUACAAAGCUGCUAAAACUGGGAAUGUUGAGAAAUUCGAUAUAGACACUUUAGAUUGCAGAAAUAGGUACGGUCAGUCUGCGUUGAUGGUAUCUGUUGAGGCCAAUCAUUUGUUAGCAUUAAAAACGUUGCUGUCAGCGGGUGCUGAUCCUAAUUUAACCAGAAACAAAUCUAAAUAUAUCACAGCACUGACCAUAGCGGUGGAAAAAAACAGAGUUGAAUGUGUAAAGGAGCUGGUCAGAGCAGGAGCGUUUUAUAGUUGUGAGCGAGGUUUGGAGGCUUUAAAGAUGGCGAGGGAUCACAACUUCUUGGAUGCUGUAGUGGAAGGGGAUAUUUUUAUGAAGAAUUAUAUAGAAGAUGCAGAGUUUGAUGACACGGCAUUUUAUGUCGCUCGUGAGAAUAACUGUUUUGAUUUACUCAUCGCCUUACUAUCAUCAGGGAUAAGUAUUGAUUUACGAUUAUUGACAUAUGAAGAUAUAAAAGGAGAUAACGAAUUUACAGAAGUGUUUCUCAGAUCGCCUCAGAUCAAUCUAAAUGACGAAUUAAAAAACUUUCAAACGCUACUAAUGGAGGCCAUAAGAUUUGAAGAUGAAACCAUAAUAAAAAUCCUUAUUGAACAGAAUGUUGAUGUUAAUUUUCAAUGUUUUGGAGAAACAGCUCUAGAUCUUGCCUGCAAAACAAAUAAAAAUACAGUUAAAUUACUUUUGGACGCGGGUGCCAAAAUAAACGAUAAUACACCAUUUACAGAGGCACUUGAAAAACAAGAUAGAGAAAUUAUGAAGCUACUUAUCGAUGCUGGCUGUGAUAUUAACUAUACAAAUACAUUUUACACAUCUCUCGGCGCCUCAAUCAGUAGUGAAGACGUGGAAACUACACAAUUUUUACUUGAACAUGGAGCAGAUGUAACAAAGGUUGACAGAGACGGAAUGACAGCAUUGAUGUGGGCAGCUAGAACAAACAACGUAAAUGUAAUUGACCUUUUGUUGGAUUUUAAGGCUGAAGUCAACUGUGUAGACCUACAACAGACAACAGCAUUAGCUCAUGCUGUGAUUUGGCAAAACGUUCCGAUGGUAGCCAAGUUGAUACAAGCUGGAGCUGAUGUUAACAUCGCCUCUAACUAUGCAACAAUAUUGAGUUCACUAUUUUCAAGGAAUAACAUAUUAGAGAAAAUUCUGAAGCAAAUAAAAAACAUUUCUGAAACUAAUAACACACCUUUGCAUUUAGAUGCAUCAAUGUUUAAUAGGAGCAAAGAAAUAGUAAACCUACUAUUAGGAGCUGGAGCAAAUGUUCAAUCAGUUGAUGAAAAUGGUAGAACACCUUUACAUAUGGCAGCUUUUAAGGGACAUAUUAUAAUUGUAAAAUCUUUAUGUCAAUACGGUGCCGACAUAAAUGCAGUGGAUAACUCCGGAAAUUCUCCAUUGUUUUUUUCGUUGUUAAUGGAGCACAAAGAUAUAUCUAAAUAUUUGCUUGUAUGUGGAGCUGAUGUAAACGUGAUAUGUGAUUCUCUUACCACGCCUUUAUUAGUUGCUGUUUUGUGUGACGACACGGAGCUUGUAAAGUUGUUGAUUCAACAUGGCGCUCUAAGUGAUAAAGGCGAAAAUUCGGAACUUUUGUUUGCUCUUAAACUGAACAAUUUUGAAAUAGCAAUUGCUUUAUUAGAAAAUGGCGCUGAUGCUAAUAAAAGAGUAUCACAAAUUGCACCUACUUUAUUGACAGCAAUGCAUAUUGCGAGUCCUUAUAAGGUUUUUAACGUUACCCAUCUAAUUCCAUUAUCUGUUUCUACUUCCAAAAAGAUUGAAGCUACAGAUAUAAAGCGUUUAAUCAAAUCAUUUUUAAACAAUGGCGCCAAUAUUUCAGCCGCGGAUGAUGAAGGUAACACUUGUCUACACAUAGCGGCUGAGUUUUGUAGCGCGGAUGUCUUGGAGUUGUUUGUAGCCCACAAAGCUGAUGUGAAUGUCCAGAAUGUAAAAGGUGAGACGCCGUUAAUGAUGGCGUGUCGGUGUGGUAAUGUUGAUGCGGUCAGGUACCUUCUCUCUGUUGAAGCUGAUGUGUUGUUGGUAAAUGCAAACAAGGAAACAGCUUUACACUACUCAAUCGUUACACGACAUGAAUCUAUUAUUAUAACAUAUUUAAUAGAGAAUAAUGUAAACAAACAUGCUCGAAAUUGCGAAGGUGACACUGCCUUACAUUUGGCUGUAAAAUGUUGUUAUGAAAACGCCGUGAAAAGUUUGGUAGAAAACGGAGCAGAUGUAAAUGAACAAAACAACAAAGGAAAUACGCCUUUAUUUUUCGUAAGAGACAAGAAAAUAAUUCAUUAUUUGAAGGAUGAUAAAACCAAUAUCAAUUUUCAAAAUGUGCUUGGGGAAACAGCUUUACAUCGCGCCUACAACGACGAAAUAGCACUUGCAUUAUUAGAAAUGGGUGUAGAUAAGGAAAUUCGUACCAAUAAGGGACACACUGCAUUGAUGUACGCCGCUGAUGCUCGCAGACUUUCAUUAACUCAGUUGUUGAUAAAACACGGUGCUAGAAUAAACGUUCAAGAUAAUGAGGGAAGAAAUGCUUUGAUGUUUGCAGUUGCUGGAGCUAAUUCAUUUGAGCAGAAUUUUGUGUAUGGCUAUUACAGUGAGUUAAAUGAAGUGUGUGAGUUUCUUUUAGAAUGUGGUGCAGACGUUAACGCGAGUGAUGCAACAGGUUGUACCGCCUGCAUGUUUGCCGACAAUGAAUAUACCGUUGAAAAUUUACGUACUCUUUUUGCUUAUGGAGCAAAUUUAAACGCAGUGGACAAAGAAAACCGAUCUUGUCUUGUUCAUUUUUUGUUAAAGGAUGUAAGAUGGGAAAUAGACGAAGUACUAGAACUUGGUGCAGAGAUGUUGGUUGAUAUCAAGUACAGGUAUUUAGUUGAAAACCAUGCAGACAAGUAUGAUAAAAGUGUACAUCCCUGUUCAAAUAAAUGUUUUCAAUUUUUCCUAGUUAAUGGAAUUAUUCUUAAUCAGCCAAUCUAUCAUUUGGAAAGAUACGCCAAAUCUAGAGAGAAUUUAGAUUUUGCAAAAUACCUAUUCGCCAUUGGUAUGAUAUUCAAGUCUGACUUACAGUGGCUUCGUAAGACUAAAGAAAAUUACACUGUCUACCCCUUGACUGCAGCGUCAAUUAUUCCACCUGAACUACAAUCAGCAAUCUAUGAACCCUGGCCACUGGUCAAACUAGCUUUUAUUGAAGUCUCCACCUUACUUGGGACUGGGCCUAUGAGAGAAGAAAAACUAAAACAGACCAAACUCCCACCAAGAUUACAGCGAACGUUGAUGUUUCAAGAACCAAUAUCAAGAUUACCUGUAGAAGACUGGUCUAAAAUACCUCUUUGUUUUGACCCAGUACAGUACGAGACUUUACCCUGUCCUAGACCUUUACUCUACUACUGGCCUGUUGGGCAUAGGCUGGUUAUUUGAAUGUUAU